UUAUUUAUAUUUAUAUAUUUUAGAGAAAGCGGUUUGCAUUUGUUUGUCAUCAAAUGCAAAUUUUUCUUUUCUAAGCAUAUGAAAAACUCCUUUCAAUUCUUGUAUAUAGUUUGUAAUUGAUUUUCAGCUGCCCUUUUGUCAAUUUCCAUUGCCAUGUGCUUGUUGACGUUCUACUUGAAUCCAAAUGCAUCUGAAACUGAGCUGUAUUUAGUUUUGGUGAAUGUUCGUGAUGAGAUUUAUAACAGGCCUACAAAGCUUGCUGAUUUCUGGGAGCAAUAUCCUCAAGUUAUUGGAGGAAUGGAUAUGGAACCUGGAAAAGAAGGUGGAACAUGGCUAGCUAUGAAUAAGAAAGGGAAAAUUGGGGCAUUGCUUAAUAUUUUGCAACCUGAUGAAGAAAUAUUACCUGGUAAAAAAGGCAGAGGUUUUCUAGCUUUCGAUUAUGUAGUUGGAGACCAAGAUUGUUUUACAUAUCUGAACGAUGUCAGCAGGGAAGGGAAAGAUUACAAUGAAUUUUUACUGGUUGCUAUUGAAUUCAGUUCUUUAAAGGUCCCAAAGAUUGCUUGUUAUACAAACUCUUCCUCUCUACCACCUGUUCUUCUUGAACCUGGAAUUCAUUCUUUUGGAAAUAGCAUUGAAAGAGAGCAACCUUGGCCUAAAGUACCCAAAUUGAAAGAAAAGUUUUCCGAAGUUAUUGAAAAAUAUCCUUCAAUCUUCCAGAAGGAUGAUUUACUGAACGAGCUAUUUGCCUUGCUUCAGGAUCGUACUAGGUACAGUGUUGACGAUAAUAUGAAAAAGCAAGGGAAAAGUAAAACCUUGGAUUUUUUGGAAAAACUGAGUGCUAUUCAUGUGAACAUUCCAGAAGCUAAUUAUGGAAGCAGAUGCCAUACAGUCAUUUUGAUUGAUGGAUCAGGAAAAGUCGACUACUAUGAAAGAAGUAGACCACAACAUAUCCAAUCAGUUGGUGAUGAACAGUGGGUUUUAACCCAUCAUUCAUUUAAAUUAGAUUUAAUGUCCACUGCCCUUUAGAAAUAUAUUAUGAGAUUAUUUUGUAUUAUAUAAUUUUUUUAAUUAAUAUUUUUGUUCAUUUUUUCUAGUACUUGAUGUAAUUAGUUUUCCCUCCUCUCUCUCCCCGCUCCUAUUUGCUGUGUAUCAAUUGUGUAAAGAAAAAAAUAAAAAUUGUGCCAAUUUUA